AUGGCGCGCGAACACGAGGAUGUGCUAGAAUUGGACGUCUUGGUGGUGGGCGCAGGCUUCUCCGGCAUUUACACACUCCACAGACUUCGAAAUGAGCUUGGCCUCAAUGUGAAAAUAAUCGAUGCCGGUUCCAACCUUGGAGGAACCUGGCAUUGGAACACCUACCCGGGCGCUCGGGUUGACUGUCCAGCUCCGACCUACGCAUUUGGUAUCGAAGAAAUUUGGAAGACUUGGAAAUGGUCCCAGCGAUACCCAGCUCAGAAGGAGUUUGAGGCUUAUUUUGAUCACGUUGAUAAGGUUCUUUCAAUUCGUAAGGACUGCAUCUUCAACUCUCGUGUGGUUUCUGCGUCGUUCGACCCAGCAACUGCGAAAUGGGCAAUUGAAACCGAUGAUGGGAGGAAGAUCAAGACUCAGUAUUUCGUGCCGGCCGUUGGCUUUGCUGCAAAGCAGCACAUUCCCGCGUGGAAGGGCCUUGAGUCCUUCCAGGGUGUCAUACACCACUCAUCCCUUUGGCCCAGAGAGCAUGUGGAUGUGCGAGGAAAGCGUGUCGCAGUCAUAGGUACUGGCUCAACUGGUGUCCAGAUUAUUCAGGAAUGGGCAAAAGAAGCCGCUGAAACCACCGUCUUUCAGAGAACCCCAAACUUCUGUCUGCCGAUGGACCAGGAGACUUUCGAUGAAGCCAGCCAAGAUGCAAUGCUGGCCGACACGGAAGCAGAGUUUGCGCGCUGUCAAACUACCGUGCAAGGACUGUCACGUCCUUCACCAACCAAAUCUUACUCUGAGAUGUCAGCUGAAGAAUGUGAUCAGAUUCUGAACGAGUAUUAUGACAAAGGUGGUUUCCGACUUUGGAGCGGCGCAUACAAUGACUUGCUUGUGAACCCUGAAGCGAAUCGCGCGACUUAUGAUCUUUGGGCAAAGAGAACACGCGCACGUAUUGAUGACCCAGUCAAGCGUGACCUUUUGGCUCCCUUAGAGCCACCUCAUCCGUUCGGUACCAAGCGUCCCUCAUUGGAGCAGGGGUAUUUCGAACAAUUCAACAAGCCAAAUGUCCAUCUCGUGGAUACAAACACACACCCAGUCAUUGAAAUUACCCCCAGCGGCAUUGUGACUAGUGAUAACAAGACCUAUGAGGUCGACAUCAUCGCUAUCGCGACUGGAUUUGAUGCCGGCACCGGCAGUCUUUCCACCAUGGGUAUUCGUGACCUCCAAGGGGUUGACCUUGGUGAGCGAUGGCGCGAGGGCGUCACGACUUUCCUUGGUCUGACAGUCCCUGGCUUCCCCAACAUGUUCCUCCCCUACUCUGUGCAGGCACCGACGCCAUUUUCGAAUGGACCUAUCUUCAUCGAGCACCAGGCAAACUUCAUCCGCGACAUCAUCAAGAAGAUGAAAGCCGAAGAUCUGCGGACCAUUGAUCCUCAGCCUGCGGCUGCCCAAGCUUGGAGAGAUCAGAUCGUGGCAGUCUCGAAGAUGACUCUCUUCCCCCAGGCAAAAUCCUGGUACAUGGGGGCUAACAUCCCUGGAAAGCCGGUUGAGCUGCUUUACUUCAUAGCUGGAGUUCCUACCUAUCGAGCCGCGUGCGAGGACUCCAUUGGGGAGAAGUUCCAGGGGUUGUUUAUUUGUCAGAAAUAG